CACUGAAGACCCUUUUCCAUGAAAUCUGCAUUGAUUCUACUCCUUCUGGCACUCUUCCUCACCUGCAUUGAGGCAGCAGGCUUAUCCAAACGUCAAUCGUGCAAAACCGAUGAUGAUUGCCCCGGAGUGACCUGUUGUAACCUAAAUACACUUCAAUGUGUCAGUGAUCCCAAGGGUACCAUUUGUGAUAUCCCUCCUACCAAGACAACUUCCAAAAAGACCACUACUACAACUAAGAAGACCACUACUAAGGCUACUACCAGUACCAAGCCAACGUCUACCAAAACUACAUCCACCAAAACUACCACUACCGCCAAGGCCACUGGAACUCCUGGAAAGACGGUGGCUAUUUCUAGCAGCACUUUGUGCUUUUUCUUACCUCCCAACAAGGGAGGAGACAUCGCCGACUCUGAAAAAACCGCCGUAGCAUUCUGCCGUAGCACAUCGGAUGCUCCUGGAGCUAAGGCUUUCCCAAGUGGCUUUAUCCAGACUGCGCACUACAAAUCUGGAACUGGUUCCGGCGCAUGGGUGCAAUACACUGGGCUAAUCGAUCCUUCCAAGUACGGUUUGUCAUCCAGUGAUGAAGGCGGCCAGUACGAUAACCAUGGAGGCGGCAGCCCCCCUGGAAGUGCCUGCGCUGGAUACAAGUAUUAUGUCAAUCUGGUCGAGCCAGCUGAGAAAGACUAUUGCAUUCGCUGCUGCCAGAACUCGGCCGACUGUCCUACCGGUAAAUCUACCGCUGGAUGCCAAAGCAUCGUCCCAGGAACAUACUCCAUCGUUUUAACACCUUCUGUCACCAAUGGUACACAUGCCGAUGUCGCCGUGGCCCCUGUUCUAUGGACGGCUCCUACACGGCAGCAACUGGACAGUGAUCCAGCACUCAAGAAGGCUCUCGCCUCAGGUACACUCUUCCCGCUUGGCGUCGGCUUGGAUACCUCUGCUUAACAUCUACUGCCUAUUUCAAGCAAGCAAACGGCCUCUAUGCUUAUUAACUUAAAACCACGAUUAUGCUGUUUGUAUGUCAGAGUAAUUUUAUAGCGAACAUGACCCAAAAUCGAGAAAAAAAAAAAGAUAACCGUGU